GAAAAUAUGUCUUAAAAGUGGCAAACUUGUCCCGUGGCAAACCGCAGACACGGAACGGUGCAAUCUGAAGAGGUGUCAGGUUUCCAGCGAAGGCAGUGUCCAAAUCCCAGAGGCUUUCUCCCCUCCCUGUGCAGAACCGUAUGUAGACGCUGUCUCUUCUCCAUCGUCUGGCUGUGUGCAACCAUGGCAGUUCCAGAAUUGCGCUUCCUGUGAGGAGAUCCCCAGCUACCUGGAGCAGUUUGUGGAUUCCUGUCUUCAAGCAGAGAUGCCCUUGGAAACGUCCAUUGGGGCUGCCCAGGACAAUCUGCACUGUUUUUCUGACAGCUUCCAGCCAGGCCCUGCUUGUCUCAACCAAAGCCUGGGUCACGGAUCUCUGGAUUCUUCAGACCCCUCCAGCUCAUUCGAUUACAGCUACUCGCCCCCUCAAGUGCCUUCGUUCGCUCCACUCAGUUACAAUUCUCCUUCUUGUCUGGACGUCAAGAGCUGCAUGUUUCCAUCGCCGGAGGGAAGCCCCUACCAGCAACACCCCCACCCCCAAUACAGCCAUGCCUCGUCCACGUGCUGCUGCACGUCCUGUGGCUCCCAGCACUUAGACACUUUCAGAGUACCUGAAUAUUUCCCCUAUGCAAACACAGACUGCAGGGACUAUGCUCCUUCCAUCUCUGCGGCAGAUGACUUCUUCCGGAGGGAUAGGACCUGGGACACAUGCUACAGUUAAUGGUAUAUAUUGGGCCACAGAGUUAUGUAGAUUGUGGCUGGCAACUUUGAUUCUGAAGUACAUGAAAUGCUGAGUAGGUAAAAUGAUGUCUUGUAUUCAACAGGUUGGAGGGGAAGAAUGCAAGCUUCCUGGUUCCACAGAGAUCUUCUUCAGGCUGAACGGAAAAUGGCCAGUGUUUUGGGUCUAUAUAAAUAGGUGCCAAUGUCAGAAUUCUGCACCAGGAAGCCAUGAAAAUUUGGAUUCUGGAAUCUAUAAAUUUUUCGGUUUUGCAUAAUCUCUCUCUCUGUCUCUCUUGUGAGCCGUGUUCUGCAUUGGAUCAAUCUGGAGAGGUGUUAAGAGACAUGAAGAACACUGAAAUCCACAGGGUAUCUUCUUCAGCAACCUUGGCAACUUCUGGAAUUUUACUGAGCACUUGCAACAUGUCUUUUUAACCAUGGCCAUUUUCACACUGGUUACUGGCCACGGAACAUUGUGCCGAGCUUGAAAUUGCCGGUGCAAUUUUGUGCGAGUAGUUCUCGCACGAAAUUGCACCAGGAAGACGCUGUCGUUCCAGGAGCUCAGCGUGAUGUUCUGUGGCCGGUAAGCAGUGUGAAAACGGCCCAUGUGGUACAGAAACAUCCUUAAAAACAUUUUUUUAAACCCUCAGAUUCCCAGCUGGCAUCUGUGCUCAAUAUCACAUUUCCCAAUAUUUCUAGGUAUUCAUGGAAUAAUGAUGUAUAUAUAGCCUCUGUAUCAAAUAGGCUGUUAUUCACAUUGGUUAUUCGCAUUUGGUAUGUACAAUCAUUUGCUGUUAAUGUAUGUAUCUAUAGUCAGAGAUACAAAUGUGUAUUUUUUGCCUGCUUUUCAUUCAACUGGAUGCAGAAUUCUGUGGAACUUGGAAGCUUGCAUAUCAAUAAGAGAUAUUUUACCUACUUCAUAUCUCCACGCUUGAGUUCAGAUCAAGUAAGCGGGCAUUUUUCCUUUGCAAACUCUCACUACAACUUACCCUGGGCCUUUUUCCUGUGGUGUUUUUUUCUGUGGGGUUCAUUUUACUUUUUAACCACAUCACAGUGUUUUUUCCUCCCAUCUUCUCACCUUCUUUGUUUUAAGAUUCCAUUAAAUGAACUUUGACAGA